AAUGAUUUUAUAAAUUUAUUAAAAUAAUGUUAUUAAAAGUUAAAUUCUUAAUAUUUUAACUCAGAAAACAAGAUUUUGAAAACAUGUUUCCCUUAAAUUCUUAGAAUUAUUAUAUUAUUUUAUUUUCAUAGAUUUUCACAAUAUACAAAAAAAAAUUAUAUUUUUUUCCAAAUUUAGCAUAUCUCUCUAACUUAUAAAAUCAACAAACUCUAUAGAAAUUUAAAUCUCGCUAACCCACCCUAAAUUAAUCAUUUGGUUGGACUUAAAAGUCAAUCUGCAUUCAAAAAAGUUAAAUGGUAAAACCACCUUCACAAACAAAAAAAGCCAUAUGAACGGUCCAGAUCGCAACUGGCUUUUGUGAAAAAAGCAAAAAAAAAAACAAAGUUGCGAUCUCAACCGUUCAUCUGAUUAUAAUCUGACAGUUUAUAGAGAUCAAGGUUUCUUUUAAAUAAGGCCGCGUUGAUGGUUUCUUUCAGAGGUGUCGAACAAAGAAAGAAGUAGGUCUCGGAGACAGAAGCUAGAGAGAGCGACAGAGAAAAAAAACUCAAAGAAGAGAUGUUUUUCCACAUAGUAUUGGAGCGAAACAUGCAAUUACACCCACGUUUCUUUGGUCGCAACCUUCGUGAAAACCUCGUCUCUAAGCUCAUGAAAGACGUCGAGGGCACUUGCAGUGGGAGGCAUGGGUUUGUAGUGGCGAUCACUGGAAUAGAGAGCGUAGGCAAUGGAUUGGUCCGUAAUGGGACUGCUUUCGUCACCUUCCCCGUUAAAUACCAGUGCGUCGUUUUCAGACCUUUCAAAGGCCAGAUCUUCGAAGCCGUUGUAACUCUCGUCAAUAAGAUGGGAUUCUUCGCUGAAGCUGGGCCUGUUCAGAUAUUUGUGUCCAAGCACUUGAUACCAGAUGAUAUGGAGUUUCAGGCUGGAGACAUGCCUAAUUAUACAACAUCUGAUGGAUCAGUUAAAAUCCAGAAAGAAUGUGAAGUGAGACUAAAGAUUAUUGGCACCAGAGUCGAUGCCACUGAAAUCUUCUGUGUGGGAACCAUCAAAGACGAUUUUUUGGGAGUCAUAAACGAUCCUGCAGCAGCCGCAUAGGCAAAGUCUCAGGCCGGCUUCGAUUCUUGUCUUCCUUCUUUUACAGAAGAUGUCAUGUGACUAAGUUGUAUAAUAGUCCCAUGGAUGUUUAUCCUGAAUCAUUGGAACUUGAUCGUAACCAAUACUUGUCGGAUGUAACUUCAUUCGAGUUUGGUGAACUUUGUUCAUGUUGUUGCAAACUGUUGUUCUUAUUGUUUAUAUUGGAAACAAUAUUUGGCUCUAAAAAGAG